AUGGAGAACAACAGUGAACGACAGCCGGGCCGGAGUUAUGUAUCAGAAGAUGGAAGUGCUGGUGACUACCAAGGCGAGAGCAGCCAAGAAGGACAAGAGGAUGACUCGAGGAAGAGGAAACGACUACCUAUAACAACGAGCUGUGAGCUUUGCCGAACACGAAAAGUUAAAUGCGACCGCGCAGAGCCCAGCUGCGGUUGGUGCACUCGCAACGGCCGCGUUUGCAUUUACAAAGAGAGGCAGCGACCUGGGUUUCGAGCUGGAUAUGGCCGCGAGCUCGAGCAGAAGAUCAACAGACUUGAGGCCAUGUUACAAUUGUUGGGUCGGCGGCUAGAGCUCCACAUUAUUGAGCAUGAAUCAGAACAGCAAUCACAAGCCCCUCCCCCAUCUCAUCUGGCAGCGAAUCAGGGUGGAUUCACCCCGGAUUCUGAGCUUCGUCGCUCAGCACCAACAGACACUUCGUCACAAGAGCCGUCGGCGAGUAUGGAGAAUCGGCAUAUCGACAGAGCGGGAUACGAGAGAACGCAGUGUUCCCGGCCCUCUGGAUCGAUCUCGGUGCAAUCUCUGAUGAAUGUGAAUGCUCGAGAGAGCACGAACACUCCUAGGUCUUCUAGUACUAUUGGCCUAACUGCAGGAGGAAUGCAUGAAGCUCCUACAGAAAUAGAUUUACCACCGCAAGAUACCCUAUACACGAUUGUUGACUUGUAUUUCAAGCAUGUCAAUCCCUGGUGUCCGAUUCUUGAUCGAAAGGCAACACUUGAUAGAUUAUUUGGAUCUUCCGUAUGUCAUGAAGCUGAUCGUAUUCUUCUGCAAGCCAUUGUGCAGACAACACUACGGUUUUACAAAGAUCAGAGUUUAACCCCUAAGUGGCGAGAGCAAUACCAUACCACCUCGAAACAGAAAAUUUUGCUCUAUGCCUUUGAGCACACGAGCAUUGAUGCGCUUCAGGCUCUUAUGAUUCUGGCUCUGAACGUACUUGGGAAAUCAUACGGCCCACAGAGCUGGACUCUGUUGAGCAUGAUAGUGAGGAAUGUCAUACAACUUGGGCUUGGGACGGAGCGGGGAGUGACUCUUGGUCCCCCUAGUUAUCAAUCGCCCGGUACAUUGCAGGAGUUCGCCCUGCCUCAACCAACCUCCUGGCUUGAAAGUGAAGGGCGGAGGCGACUGUUUUGGAUGACUUAUAUCCUGGAUCGAUAUGCGUGUGUCGAUGCGGGAUCUGAUUUUACGCUCGAUGAACAGCAAACAGAUCGGUCAUUACCUUGCAGGUACGACUUAUUUUCCAAAAACCAGGCGGUUGAAACCAGGCGGUUUAUUGGACCCGAGCGAUCGGAGAUUACCGUGAACCACCCCGAGAAUCUGGGUAGCUUCUCCUAUCAUUGUGAAGUUCUACGGAUUCUAAGCCGUAUCCACAAAUUCCUGCGCCAUCCCAUCGAUGUUGCCUCCCCUGCAGACGUCGAGAGAUGGCAAGCUACAUAUCGUGAACUUGACCGCGAGCUUGACAGGUGGCUUUAUAAUUUACCAGAUGAUUACAGUCGGAUUUCUCAACUCUGUCAUUCAAGUCCGACUAGCAGGAUAUCUAAUUGGAUCAUGCUCCAUGCAGCCUUCGUGAUUUCCGUUUUACGACUCCAUUCGUGCGCUGCCUACCCAACAGUGCGUUCGCAUAUCUUCUACCCGUCAUUUAAUGCGAUGCAACGCUGUAUUGCCGCGGUUGAGAGUUUGCGGGAGAUCGUGCAGGAUGUCGUUAAUACGGGGAUGCUGGAUCUUCUCGGCCCUCACUUUGCCUUUUCGCUGUGGGUGUCAGCGAGGGUGUUGUUGGUUGAUGCCUCGGUCACGAAUACCGAUAUUAAUGUCAACAUUUGGUUUUUCAUGUCAACACUAGAGAAAAUGGGACAGUUUUGGGGUGUCGCACGGAAGUACGCCCAGAUUCUAGAGCGCAUAUUACGAGAGUGUCAAGAAGCCAAACGUGCCGUGGCAAUGACUCCAUCUACAUCUGCUUCCUCACAUUCUCCCCAAUUGUUGGGUCCUAAGUCGCUCAUAGAUAUGCGGCGAAACGCAUACGACCUCAGCAUUCUCCUCUCCCAAAGAUCCGCAUCAGCUCUCCAACCACCAUCCGUAAAAGUUCCCGCACCAAACGAGCUCGAAUAUUACGAGGUCUUCGAUUUCUUCAACUAUCCACGCACAUCCGUGGCAGUUGCAAACCACCCCCAUUCACUUCCCCCCACUAGUGCUGAGUCUGAGCAGUCGGUCAAUAACCCCGUCGAAAACUGGUCGCGGCCGAAAACCCAUUUUGUAUCCACAAACUUCGUGUAUUCUCGCUCAGACCCCGAUUGGCUUGCCUUCCAGCCCCCGCAGGAUUAG